AUGGCUACCAUCCUCGCCAAGUUUGCUUCCAUGGGAGCCAAGAAGGGGGGCAAGAUGGCGGCCAAAAAAGUCGGCAAGGCCGCGGCAAAGAAGGUCGGAAAGAAAGCCGGUAAAACGGCAGGGAAAAAAGCAGGCAAGAUAGCAGCAAAAAAGGCUGGCAAAACGGCAGCUAAGAAGGCAGGUAAAAAGGCCGCAAAAAAGGCCGCAAAAAAGGCCGGAAAGAAGGCUGGAAAGAAAGCUGGUAAAAAGGCAGGAAAGAAGGCCGGAAAGAAGAGGGCUAAAAACAAUCUGCGGAAUAGACUGAAACAGAGAUUACAUGAAACCGAGGCCGAUGAAGAUUUCCAGGAGGAGGAUGAAGAAGUGGAGGAAACGGAGACAGAAAGCUCAGAAAGAGAGGUGGAGCCCGAACAGACCACUAAAACCUGGGCAUUCCGAAAAGGAGGAAAGAAGAAGAACAAAAAAGGGCAAAUGAAUGCGACUAAAUCGAAACAAGCAGGCAAAACACAGACUACUUGGAGCAAAUUUAAGGGUCUAUCACGCGCCAGCACUGCGCCCAGUAAUUUCCGCAGCGCCUCCGCUCAAAGCAUGUAUUCGAAGGGCGUGCCCAAGGGUGUUGAUCAGGAGUUUAACAUGAUGCUUUUUAAGAUUGUGAAGGACCUCAUAAUGGACGAGUUUCCCGAUGGGGGGCGCAGAGGCGAGAACUCAGACUGGCUGAAAGCUUUUGAGAUGGUUAUUAAACACGAC